UCUCAGUGUCCGGAGGCGCUCACUUUUUCUGAUUCGUCCUUCGGCCAUCCGCCUCCCUUCCAUCGCUAUAGCAACAGCCCCCUCUCCAGCCCCUGUGAUCCCUACAGCUCUGCCUCCACCAGCGGGCCCCUGGGAGCCUCCCACAUACACACUCAGGGCAGCUCUCCCAUCUCUCCCCCCAGCCCGGCGAGCCUCGCCUGGGCUCAGCGAAGUCGACACCAGCCGGCCAGCCUGGCGCUCCGCAAGCAAGAGGAGGAGGAGAGCAAACGCUGCAAGGCUCUAUCUGACAGCUAUGAGCUCUCUACAGACCUCCAGGACAAGAAGGUGGAGAUGCUGGAGAGGAAGUACGGGGGCCAGUUUGUGUCUCGGCGGGCGGCGAGGACGAUUCAGACGGCGUUCAGGCAGUACCGCAUGAACAAGAACUUUGAGAGGCUUCGCAGCUCCGCCUCUGAGAGCAGGAUGACCCGACGCAUCAUCCUGUCCAACAUGAGGAUGCAGUACUCGUUCGAUGAGCGUCCGCCGCAGUGUCAAGGGUCAGCAGGUCAGCAGGGGUCAGAGGACGCAGGAGACAUGGACGACUCCUUCUCUAAACAAGUGAAGUCUUUGGCUGACUCCAUGGACGACUCCCUCACCUGUCAGUCUGGACGAGAGGACUCACAGGAAGCAGGAGGAGACGAGGAUGAGGACGAGGACGAGGAUGAGGAGGAGGGAGACGAAGAGGAGGAAGAGGAGGAGGAGGAAGGGGAGGAGGAUGAGGAGGAAGAUGAAGAAGAAGAUUACAGACAGUGUGCGUGGCGCAACACCAACGCAUCCUCCCACCGUGCCACGGGCCGGGUGGGAGGUGUCGGGGGAGGAGAUGGGAGAGGAGGCGCCAACAUGCACGAGGACAGCACCGCCACAUCCUUCAGUGAUGUCACCCUCUAUAUGGAUGAUGGCUGCCUCCCCUCCUCGCCGCUCUCCCGCCCCACCUCCAACUCUGACACGGAGUACUGGGGAGAAGGGCGAGGAGGAGGUGCAGGGGGGAGGGAGGACAGCAGGGAGACGGAGGGAGGAAGCAGCCGGAGGAGCAGCACACCCUGUACAGAGUGUCGGGGGGAGUACAGAGGGAGGGCAGGAGGAGGAGGAGGAGGAGGAGGAGGACACCUCCCUGUCCUGACCAUCGAACCGCCCAGUGACAGCUCAGUGGACAUGAGUGACAGGUCGGAGCGAGGCUCCAUCGGACGCCUGGUGUACGAACAGGAGCCGUCAGGAGUCGAUCGAGGAGAGCGGGAGAGGAGGGCAGGAGCAGUGGAGGGAGAGAGUGGAGAGGAUGAGCGAGGGGGAGGAGGGGGAGGUAGCAGUGAAGCCGACUCGCCGCAGGGAACCAUCAAACACAAACCAAACGGCCGCUCGGUCGCCACAGCGCAGGGACAAACACGCAGCCCCGCCAACGUCCCCUUGCCGAUCCCCUCGGCCCGGACCCUGCCCUCACACCCGCUCCCUCACCCGCUGCAACACUCACACCCCCACACUCACCCUGCGCCCAUCCCCCACCUCCCCACCAUCCUCCACCACCACCCGCAGUACAGCCAGCCACACAUCAUGCACAUGCACCAUGGGCACGGCGGCGGCGGCCAGUACAUGCAGCACGCACACCACUUCACCCAGCACCACUACCACCACCUGCACCACCACCACCUGCCCCAUGUUUACCCAGAACCCCCCUCUUCCCCGCUGCCGUCCCCUGUGCCGCCACUCACACCUCUCUCACCCCUGCCGCUGCCGCUCACGCCCUCGCCGCUGUCGUCCUCCUCGUCCUCGGCUCUUCAAAACAUGGAGGCGCAGCAGCAGCAGCACCUCGCCCACCACCCCCACCUCCACCACCACCACCUGCUCUGCUCGGACGGAGACAACGAGAGCGUCAACUCCACCACCACCAACUCCAACGACGACACCACCGUCAACAACUGCAGCUCCGGCUCGUCGUCUCGUGACAGCCUGCGGGAGCCAAUAGGAGGAGCCCCACUGGGGAAACAGACCUAUCAGAGAGAGAGCCGCCACAGCUGGGACUCACCGGCCUUCAACAACGACGUGGUGCAGCGGCGGCAGUACCGCAUCGGACUCAACCUGUUCAACAAGAAGCCAGAGAAGGGGAUCCAGUACCUGAUCGAGAGAGGGUUUGUGUCGGACACACCGGUGGGCAUCGCCCGGUUCAUCCUGGAGAGGAAAGGACUGAGCAGGCAGAUGAUCGGAGAGUUCCUGGGCAGCCGGCAGCAGUUCAACAAGGACGUCUUAGACUGCGUGCUGGAUGAAAUGGAUUUCUCUGGGAUGGAUCUCGAUGACGCUCUGAGGAAGUUCCAGGCUCAGAUAAAGGUUCAGGGUGAAGCUCAGCGGGUGGAGCGGCUGGUCGAGGCCUUCAGUCAGCGGUACUGUGUUUGUAACCCGGUGCUGAUCCGACAGUUCCAGAAUCCAGACACCAUCUUCAUCUUGGCCUUUGCCAUCAUCCUCCUCAACACGGACAUGUACAGCCCCAACGUCAAGCCAGAGAGGAAGAUGAAGCUUGAGGACUUCAUCAAGAACCUGCGAGGCGUGGACAACGGUCAGGACAUCCCCAGAGACCUGCUGGUGGCCAUCUAUGGAAGGAUCCAGAAAUGGGAGUUGAGGACCAAUGAUGACCACGUGUCCCAGGUUCAGGCAGUAGAGAGGAUGGUGGUCGGCAAGAAGCCUGAAGAUUACCCUCAUGGCAUCCGACUGACGUCUUCGAACCCUGGAGGAGAGAGGAAGGUGCUGAUCGUCUUCACAGCUCCGAGCCAGCAGGACCGAGCUCGCUUCACCUCCGACCUCCGAGAGAGCAUCGCAGAGGUGCAGGACAUGGAGAAGUACAGGGUGGAGUCCGAGCUCGAGAAGCAGAAAGGUGUGAUGCGUCCCGGCAUGUUGACGGGGGGAGGACCCGGAGGGGCGGCGGGCGGCGGGGCCAACACCGGCGGUGUAAAGGGCGAGGUGCUCAAUGGCACCCUGGGUAGGCCGAGCCUCGACGACACGUACGCCUCUGUGGACGGACUGAAACGCACGGCGCUCAGCUCCUCGCUGAGAGACCUCUCAGAAACAG